UUGUCACAGCUGGUAGAUUUGGGCUAGCUGUCUCCCCUCGCGACAGUAAGUGGACUGUUCCAGGUAUACAAGCUCAUAAACCAUUCUUCCGGCUCGGACUGUCUGGAUGGUGCAGUGAGUGGAGGGGAGCAGGGAAAACUUCUUAGUCCCGCUUUAUUUUCAUUCUGUGCAAAUAAGUUUACAUACUCCCAGUUGGAUUUACCUUUUACCUAUAGGGACUUAUACACUGGAUAUUAUCACACACCGCAGAACACAAGACAGUCAGAGCCUGUCAGCAACAUUGGCGGAGUGACGAGGUGAGAGCAGACGACGCCAAUGACCCUGGCAGUGUGAGGACCUAACCUCGAAAAUGAUGUCAACCGGAAGUGUUUGGUCCAUGACCUUGGUGGUGUUGGUUGCGCUGUGCUUGGUGUCGCACGUCACGGGUGACGGCAUGUGGGACCAGUGGAGUGACUUCUCCCCUGCUCCAGGUCCUGCGGUGGAGGCGUCCAGUCGCGCACGCGGGGCUGCAUACACAAGGGCUCUGGUAAGGGCAUGGGAUGUGUUGGUCCAGACCAUGAAUAUUCUUCCUGCAGCACAGAUCCAUGCCCACGGGAUUCUGAAGACUUUCGUAGCAUGCAGUGUGCCAAGUUUAACCAGCUCCCAAUGAUCCUGAACGGUUACGCUAGGAAAUACGACUGGGUGCCUCACUUUGAUGAGAAGAACCGCUGUUCUCUGAAGUGUCAUGCGUUGGGCACAUCGGUGGUGCGUGACCUGGAGGAGAUGGUGACAGACGGAACGCAGUGUGACAGUCCAGAACACUUCGGCAUCUGUGUCGGGGGAGUCUGCCAGACUGUUGGGUGUGACCGUGUGAUUGGCUCGGUGAUGGAUGAGGACCGGUGCCGUGUGUGCGGAGGGGAUGGCAGUGCGUGCCUCACGGAGAAGGGGGCCUUCACACAGGAUAAUCUAAAUGUAGGCUACCAUGAGAUCCUCACCAUUCCAGAGGGGUCCACAAGCAUCGCAAUCAAAGAGAUGAAACCAAGCUAUUCUUACCUAGCCCUGAAGAAUUCUAAAGGAAUGUACUACAUCAAUGGUGGCCGAGACCAGACAUCCCAGAAAGCUUUUGCAGGGACCAUCUUCCAGUACUACAGUGCUGAGAAUAAGGACGACAAAGUGGAGUCAAUCCUUUCAAGAGGUCCUACAAAUGAGACUCUUAUUGUCAUGCUUGUUGCAAGAGAUGGAAAUCCGGGUAUAAAGUAUGAAUACUCAAGUCCACAGUCUCUGGUAGAUAAGGCCAAUCCCACUGACAGGUUCACAUGGGUGUAUGGACACUGGACAAGGUGCUCAGAAGAGUGUGGCUCAGGGUAUCAACUCAGAGCUGUGUCAUGCAUGGAUCGACAGUCAGGGCAGACGGUCCACACUAGGUCAUGUGAUCUACUCGAGCGACCCCGUGCUAACCAAACCUGCAACAUGGGGUCGUGUGCUGAAGACAGGACAAAUGGAUACAGCUGGGUGUUGGGCCACUGGGACGAGUGUUCCAUCAGCUGUGGGGUGGGGGAACAGACCCAGCUGGCCUACUGUCAGGAGAAGGGCACCAUGGGACAAACCAUCUUCGUGUCUGAUGACAUCUGUCUGAGGUACCUAGGGGAGAAGCCCAAGUACAAGCGAGUGUGUGAAGGAGAGAGCGGUUGUCCCAGAUGGGCCACGGGGGCAUGGAAUGAGUGUGGUGUGACCUGUGGCUAUGGAUACCAGACCCGGCGUGUGUAUUGCCAGCGGGACUCUGAUGGGGAGCAACCCACUACAGUGCCAGACUCGGAGUGCCGAGAUGCAGACAAACCAGAGGGCAGGAAACGAUGUUUGCUGAGUUCGUGUCCGGGUGGAAGAGAUGGCAUACUGAAGGAGCUUGAGGGGAGGCCAAUCUCUCCACUGCCAGUGCAGUGUUCAGCCACCCGGUAUGGGUGUUGUCCUGAUGGGGUGACUGCUGCACAGGGGCCCAACUACCGCAACUGUCCCAUUGCCAGGAAAAUCGAUCGGUGUAAACUGGAACGAUCCCGAGGACCGUGUGCAAAUUACACAUUAAAGUGGUACUAUGAUGACCAGGCUAGCAUGUGUAAUAUGUUUUGGUACGGAGGAUGUGGUGGAAAUGACAACCGAUUUGAAAAGGAGGAUGAAUGUGAAUCUACCUGUGUAGCCAACGAUGGCACAGGUGGUGCUCCGUGCAGCCCAGGCAGUUCAAGAUGUCGGAACAUUGAGAAGUGCAUCCCUGAUACACGGCUCUGUGAUGGCUUCAAUGAUUGUGGGGACAAUUCUGAUGAAGAAGACUGCCAGACAAUAGAAGCCAACAAGCAGUGCGGAACAGGUCAAUCUAUGUGUAGCAGUAUUCGGAAAUGUGUGGCUGACUCUCAACGGUGUGAUGGACACGAUGACUGUGGGGACAACUCCGAUGAAGACGGCUGUCAGAGCACAGACAACAACAACAAUCCAUGUGGUCGUGGACGAUCCAUGUGUCGUAGUGUCAGGAAGUGUGUGGCCGAUUCACAGCGAUGUGAUGGAAGAAAUGACUGUGGUGACAACUCAGAUGAAGAGAAUUGUCAGACAGAAAUAGAUGACAACAACAAAAAUCAAUGUGGCAGUGGCCGAUCCAUGUGUCGUAGUGUCAGGAAGUGUGUGGCCGACUCACAGCGAUGUGAUGGAAGAAAUGAUUGUGGUGACAACUCAGAUGAAGAGAAUUGUCAGACAGAAAUAAAAGACAACAACUUCAAUCAAUGUGGCAGUGGACGAUCCAUGUGUCGUAGUGUCAGGAAGUGUGUGGCCGACGCUAGACGUUGUGACGGAUAUGACGACUGUGGUGACAACUCGGAUGAAGAGAACUGUAAAACCAACAAUGAAGGCAACAACAACAAUCCAUGUGGCCGUGGCAGAUCCAUGUGUCGCAGUGUGAAGAAAUGUGUGGCCGACGCUAGACGUUGUGACGGAUAUGACGACUGUGGUGACAACUCGGACGAAGAGAGUUGUGAAACAGAAAUUCCCACCAAUCAGUGUGGGAGUGGGUCUUCCAUGUGUCGUGGUGUGAAGAAAUGUGUGUCCGACGCCAAGCGUUGUGACGGAAACGAUGACUGUGGGGACAACUCAGAUGAGGAGAAUUGUGUUUCAAUUAACACAUGCCAGAAAGGCGGUUCCAUGUGUCGCAGUAUCAAGAAAUGUGUGUCCGAUGCCAGGCGCUGUGGACGGAUACGACGACUGUGGCGACAACUCUGAUGAAGAGAACUGUUUCGAUUCAAUUAACACAUGCCAGGAGGGCAGUUCCAUGUGUCGCAGUAUCAAGAAAUGUGUGGCCGAUGCGAGGCGCUGUGACGGAUACGACGACUGUGGCGACA